AUGAAUACAUUGAUCAAUUCUGCUUUCAGAUUUUCCACUCGUCCUCUUAUAAAACGUUCUUUUAAUCUCCAUUUCUCUGCAAUUCCUGCUCGUUACAUGAUGAAUUCUGAAACCUCGGCAUAUCAAAGUUCUUUUGGAGCUGGAGGCAAUUCGGGCGAUUCUCCAAAGCAGAUGAGUCAAUUGCAAAAUCUCAAGUUAAAUGAUGGGACUGAGAUUCCAAUGCUUGGGUAUGGCCUUGGAACUGCUCAUUACAAGCCCAAUUUAGAUGGUCAGAUCGAUAAUGAGAUUGUGAAAACGGCCGUCAUGGCCAUCAAUGCUGGCUACUAUCAUUUAGAUGGAGCUCAAGUGUAUGGAAAUGAAACCGAGAUGGGUAUGGCAAUCAAAGAAUCCGGUGUUCCUCGAGAGAAAUUCUUCAUAACUACCAAGAUUACUGGUACCAAAGUAGUUGACACACAAGCUACCUUUGAAGAAUCUCUGAAGAAGCUUCAACUCGACUAUGUCGAUCUCUACUUGAUUCACGCUCCAUACUUCGCCAAGACCCCUCAAGAUUUACAAAGAAAGUGGGCAGAGAUGGAAGCAAUUCAUGCAUCCGGAAAAGCGAAAUCUAUUGGAGUGUCUAACUUCCUACAAAAGGACAUAGAAACUAUUUUGGAGACGGCGAAGAUUAUCCCUUCCAUCAACCAGAUCGAAUAUCACCCUUACCUUCAACAUGGAUCUCUGAUUCCUUUCCUUCGCGAGAAGGACAUAGCAAUAGCAGCCUACUCUCCGUUGACCGCUGCCGUCAAGGCUUCUCCUGGACCUUUGGACGAUACCUAUUCUCUUCUAGCUAAGAAGUAUGGAGUCACACCCGGUGAGAUUGCAUUGAGAUGGGUCAUUGAUCAGGGAAUCGUGGCAUUGACUACUAGUGGAAAUGAGGACCGAUUGAAGGGAUAUCAGAAGAUUAAACAAUUCAAACUGACACCGAAGGAGGUGGAGGAGAUUGCUAAGAUCGGUAGCGAGAAACAUUAUAGGGGCUUUUGGAGGGAUAAGUUUGCACCGGAGGAUAGGUCAUAGAUGGGAAGAUUGGUGGAAAAAUCGAGGAGUAUUUGGCAAAUACAUCUGAUCAUUGGACUUCAUUCCACUUCAUUGCGAGGUUAGAUUUUUUGUGCUUUUACUGGCAUCUUACCUCUUAGCCGUCUUAUGCCAUCAACAAUACCAAUCCUGAGUU